UCUCUCUCUCUCAUCUUCUCAAUUAGUAAAUCAAGAAAAAUUAGGUUUUUCUUCCCGCCGAACACUCACCGGAAAUUGUAUCCGCCGUCUCUCAUUUCGUCUUCCGGGUACUGUCAAAUCACAAGUCCUUAAGAAAAAUGGAUACAACAAGUCCUGCUGUAUUUGUGAAUGGAGCGUUGUUGAGAAGGUACAUUGGUCAGAAAGUGAGAGCAGUGAUUCAAGUGAUCAGGUCAGAAAUUGGAUCCGUGGUUGGUAAAUCGACUGAUGAUCAACAGAUUGUUGUCAAGGGAUCGCCUCAACCGCCUUUAACUAGUUACCUUGAGGUGAUUGGGAUUGCUGAGAGUGACAACACCAUUCGUGCUGAAGUUUGGACCAACUUUGGUGAUAGUUUCGAUGCACAGAACUACAAUGAACUAUGUAAGCUUGCAAAUGGUGAGUUUAGGCACUUGUUCAUCUAAAAUCACAGGGCACACGGCCUCAGGGAUAAUAAAAAAGUAGAAGUUGUUUCCUAGCAUUUCAUAUUCCCUUGUAGAUUCUUGAGGUUGGAGCUAUUGAGAUAUCUCUCAGCAUUUGAUCUUUGGUUGUUGAAAUAUUGCUCUUUGAAUCAUAUGUUUCUGGUUUCAGUGUUUUGGUUC